CACUGAUUGUCAGCAUUGAUAGGUGGCACUGACUGGCAUUGAUAGGUGGUACUGACUGGCACUGAUAGCUGACACUGAAAGGCAGCUCAGAUGGGCACUGAUAUGUGGCAUUGAUGUUCACUGGUAGGCACUGAUAUGUGGCAUUGAAGAGGCACUGAUGGGCACUGGCAGGUGACAUUGAUGGGCACUGACAGGUGGCACUGCUGGGGCUACACUGAUCAUCAGGGCGCACAGAUCAUCAGUGCCCUGAUGAUCACUGUCAGCGUGACAGCUCGUGUGGAGAGAAAUGCCGAUAACCGGCAUUUCCCUAUUUACAUGUGAUCAGCUGUGAUUGGA